UCCAACAAGAGAAGUGACUUCCUCCAGGUAGUACCCUGCUCCAUCACUUGAUUCACAGUGAUUGAACAAGAGAAGAAAUCAUGAAUCAUCACUGACGAUCACAGCCGGAGCUAGACACUGCAAGCUGCUUUUCACCAGUGAGUCGCUCGACCUGUUGCUAAAGCUAAUCGUGUGGAGUAGCUGUUACCCAAAGUGAAAUAUCUCGCUGUUAUUUGAAUUCACAAUAGCCGAGCAGGAGGCCUAGUUUAGGUCUUUAGCUGCAUCUAACCAACGUUUGCUAGCUAGCUGAACCCUACCUAGCUAGCUGCCAACUUCUAAACAGACGCAAUUGACUUUUGUGAAACAUGGCUGACAACGGAGCACACCCAGCCGAAGAGGACCCAGCUGCGGCUUUCCUGGCCCAGCAGGAGAGUGAGAUAGCGGUGAUAGAGAAUGACGGCGACGGAUUUGAAGCACUGGAAGAGACCGACGUCCAGCAGCCUCCCCAGCAACCGACCGACUAUGAUGGUUUUGGAGGGGAGCCUGCCACAGUGAACGGGGAUAUGUUUCAGGAGUCCAAUGGCCCCACAGACAGCUAUGCUGCCAUUGCCCAGGUGGAUCAGCAGAGGCAAGAGCCAGAGAGUCUACGCAAGUGGAGGGAGGAGCAGAAGGCACGCCUGGAGGAGCUAGACUCAGCAUCCAAGGCCGCAGAGGCAGAGUGGAAGGAGAAAGCCAGGAAGGAGCUGGAGGACUGGCAUGUGCACCAGAAUGAGCAGAUGGAGAAGAAUAAGGCCAACAAUAGAGCAUCAGAGGAGGCUUUCCUGGCAGAGUGUGACAGUGACAGCCCAGGAUCUGAGUGGGAGAGGGUAGCCCGCCUCUGCGACUUCAAUCCAAAAACCAACAAGCAGGCAAAGGAUGUCUCUCGAAUGCGCUCUGUCCUAAUCUCCCUCAAACAGACACCUCUAGUUCGCUAGAGCGUGAUAGCAGGGAGAAUUGUCCUAGAAACAUUGCCUUUUAAGUUUAAAAUCCAGUUUGCAUUACACAAGUUUGUAUACCCUUUUCCAUGAAUUUCAUUACCUUUCCUGGUAUGUUUAUAACCUUUUAAAACAACAACUUCUCCCAUCUUUCUUAACGCCUAUUAUAUUGAAUAUUGAUAUUCUUUACCUCACUCUGUUGGGAAAAGAUGAAGGACUAUUGUUUUGACAUCCCUUAGUAGUCACAACUUUAUCACUGCAAUACUUAAGUAAAUAUUGUUACUGCAAGUUACAUUUUCCUCACCCUCUGACUUAACGAGGUUAUUAGGUCAACAUUAUUGCAUGCCUCUGCCAAUAUUUUAGAUGUACUAUUCUUAGUUGUUUUAUAAAUUUGUAUAUUUGGUCAAUAACAACCACUAACCUAGUCUAUGAAGCACUACUUAGGAAUAUAUUGGAACCACCUCUGCCUGUCAUGAAUGAAGAACCAUAAUCUACACUUUGUUCACAUCUAUUGUAUGAUAUUCAUAAUUCCCAUAUUUUAGGUAGCUAGCAAUUUCUUUUUCUCUAAUACAUAAGCUUGUGGCCUUUUUGAUCUCACCUCUUACUCCUGUAACUCCAGUUUGUGUUUUUAGCCAGAUGAAUUUCCUUCUCAAUUAGGCAAGAUUGAUGCAAAAAAAAAGAAAGUAUUCACAACCAAAGAUUUCUGCUAUAAUAUAAAAUUUCCGUCAGUUCACAUGA